AUGGACUCCCUUUGGUCUCCCAUCCGAUUCUCGCGCAAACAAGCCGCUGAGGGGGACGUCGCUACUACCGACCCCGCCACCGCGCGACGCCUCGUUCAGCCCUGGUUUCGUACCCUCGCGUUCGCCGGCAUUGUAGGCGGCGACCCAUGGCCGCAACCUAUCUGCAUCAUCGGUCACGCCUCUCAAUCUGCCGCCGAAACCGAGCAAUCGGCGCACCCCAUCAACGAAGGUUUCAACUCUACUUUGCCCUCUCCCGGCGGAUUCGCGGUCGGAUGCGGUCCCUUCCCCCAGGGUCAGCAGCCACAGGCUCAGCUCCAGCAGCAACAAUCUACGCGUCCCGGUACACCCUCUGCGCCGUCCAAUGCGCCGAGCCUCGUCGACGUACGCCGGCAACUUGUCCAGUUCCAGCUUGGAAACGAAGGGCGCGGGACGACGAUCAACGUCGAGGAUUGUUUCGGUGGCGUCGAAUUGGUCGAACGCGCGCUUCGGAAGUUCGACAAGCCCGCGCCAGGCAACAGAGCUGCCGAACGCGCUGGUGUAGACGAGGGCGGGCUAUCUGUCGACGGCUCUCGAGGCAGGGUACGAAACGUUUGUUUUUACCUUUUAUUGGAUCAUGUCUGUGCUAACAUAUCCAUUUGUAUAGACACGCCGCUCUCUGAAGCCCAGCUGCUCGCGAUAUGUCACUUCAAGGCGGACGAUCCCGCCCGCGAGCGUGGGCUCACACUACGGCGCUCAGCGAAAUCCACUGCGCGCAUGAAAGCCCUUGCAGCACUCAAUCCGUCCUCAGCAGACUCGAGCAUGACUGCUCCGCUCUCACCCUUGCAAACGACCACGAAUUCCGACUUGCUCUUCCCCGAUGACCGACCUGCAAGGCCCAGAAACUACCGACGCGCCUCGACGAUAUCCAUCUGUUGGGCGUCCCAAUCCUCGAAAAGGCCACAGACGCGAUGGAGAACGACCGCCCGCUAUCUCUCUCUUCACCCGCUUCGGCCGUCUGGACUAACAAGGCCGUCGCGCCUCAGCCGCUGCGCCAAAGUUCCCAACUUCUUCGGCCAACGUCCGCCCUCCGAACUCAUCGGCGCCCAUCUACGUGAGUUCUUCCCCACCGCCGACCGGUGCGUGCUCAAACGCAUGAGCAUCAUGCGUGCGAGCCCGGUCAGCGCCGCGAUGCGGCCGGCGCUGGGCGGAGACUCGAUGUGGAGCUUCCACCCGGUGUAUGGUCCUUGCAGUCGGUUCAGCGUGUCAACUGUCGGGAGUGGUGGGGCCAGGGCGAGCAAGAGGGUCAGCAUGACCAGUAUAGAACCUAGCAUCGAGCCGAGAGCUAGCACGGAGUUGCCGCGCGACGAAGCCGCUGGUGCCACCGGUACACCCCGCUGGUGCCACCGGUACACCGAGGGUCAACAUCAGCACUGA